UAUGAUAUUCAACCCGGUCACCGGUGGGUAUAUAAACUUACGGAAAAAGAACUCGAACAAGGAGAUUGACAGGGAUGUUCUUUCUGGGUUGGGUUGCAGUUCUAUAAGCAAACAAUACAAGGCGGUACGGUUAGUGCAGCGAAGAAUUGGCAAAGCUGAAGAGGAUUUUAUUGUAAUGUGCGAGGUAUAUAUUAUACAUCGGGUGAGAAAUCAUGGAAAUGCUCCUAAAUUUGUGUAUGAGUUUGUUCAAGAAUUCGCAGACUUCACUAUGGAAUUUUCUUGACUGGAUUUCUCAUCAUAGUUGUGGUUCAUAGCAUUCAUACAUUAUGGUCUGGUUUGAUUUUGAGAGCAAAGAGUUUGGUGUUGCACCGCUGCCUUCUCCAUAAUGUAUAAGGUGAGUGUGGGAGAGCAGGCUGCAGGGUGGCUGUAGAAAGAAAGAAGUCAUGGGACUGGAAAAUGGAAAUUGCUAGGCGCAGGCAAACUGUGUGUAUCAACUUUCAAGAGUGGCGGGCUUAAAACGCCGCGUUUCGUGGAGGCAGGCAGACUUCAAAAGAGAGUCAACUGAUUUCGUCUUCUUCUUUACUCUCUUUUCGUUUCUGCUCUGCAAUCUGCAUUUUAACUUUCGUCAAAGAUGUUGUUGUCCAAAGCUCUGUUUGCUUUCCGAGAAAAAUCAAGGGAAAAAGAAAACUUUGGAUUUGGAAAUGAUUAUCAGGAUUCAUCGCCAAAGCUACCAAGAAAAGCAAGCAAAGGCUCAUCAGUUUCCACUAACAUAACAGAGCUGCCUGUGGAUAUUCUUGUCGACAUACUAUGCCGACUCCCCAUCGACAAUAUCAUAUCAUGCAGGUGCGUAUGUACUACGCUCCGCCACAUAAUCACAUCAAACCCUCAAUUCGCUCGUAGCUACUUCUCAACAUCACCCGUCGAUGCUCUUCUUUGCGUUGGCGAUCGCAUCUCUAGAUUUCUCUGUUUGCUCCGUCUGGAACACGAAAUCGCAGCUGAUCUUGAUGUUCAAGUACCCAGACUCAAAUUUAGGCUCCCAUUGCAUGAUCUUGUUAUCUUGAAUUCAUGUAAUGGUUUCCUUUGCCUGGGGAAGCCUCCUCUCUACAACCCUGUUAUCGUGUGUAAUCCAAUAACUGGCGAGUACAUAAACCUUCCAUCAAGAACAGAGGGCUUGGGUCACGAAGAGAUUCAUAGUCAGGUUGUUUCUGGGUUUGGUUACUGUCCUAAAACCCACCAGUACAAGGUUGUGAGGUUGGUUAGUCGGAGGGCCAUGAUGACUGAGGUAUAUACACUAGGUGAGAAAUUCUGGAGGAGCAUUGGGUGUGCCCCUGAAGGCUUUCGUAAAUCCUGUUCCUCUAGCUUCUUCUUUAAAGGGGUGUUCUUGAAUGGAAAGAUUCACUGGGUUUCUGAUGAUGGCCAUAGCUCGGCCUCGGAUUUCAUUAUCUCAUUCGAUUUAGAAACCGAAAGCUUUGGUGUUGUACGGCCGCCGCCGCAAUUUGCUUCGCGUGGGUACAGGGUAAAGUGGAGAGUGAACAUUGGAGAGCUGGGAGGUUGCCUUUUUGUGAUUGAUCAUGGCAGUACUUUUCACUUGUGGGUGAUGAAGGAUUAUGGUGUGCAAGAGUCUUGGACUGAAGUGUGCUAUAUUGGUCAGUAUCGACCCAUAAAGUAUCUCAAGGACGAGAAAAUAUUAGUGAAUCAUAAGAACAGCAACUUAGCUUGUUAUGAUCCUCGCACAAACAUUGCCAACAAUAUUGAGCUUCCUGGGAUUCCUUCAUACUUCACAACCGUUGCCCAUGUUCCCAGUUUCUUCUCAUUCAAGGAGAUUUUGAAGGAUGCUCAGUCUCAUAUUAAGGUGCUCAGGGAUUGGGAAGAGAUCAAUACUCAUUUGCCAUUGGAACAAGUUAAUUGAACUGGGUUUGUAUAAUAUUUCAGCACUGACAGCUUUGAAGGAAGGAAUACAGCAGAUGGUAAGGGUAACUCUAGGGAGCUGGCCUGCAUGUGCGACAAUGCUAUGGGGGUGAAAGCUUUAGUACCAGAAUUAAGCAAACAGAGUAUUAGUGGAACUGUUAAAUAUAGUACAGUGAUUGAGUGUAAUAUGUAUCCCAUGUGACAUAAAUCUGGCAUGAACUCUUGAUGCAUCUAUACAACAAAUGGGGAACAACUCAAUCCAUUUCGUGAAAUGAGUUGAAUAAAGUGCCUUUGCAACAA